ACCACCUGUUUUGCCGUCGAGCGAGUUGAAACUGCUAUCAAAAAUAAAAUAUAUUUUUUAGAUUUAAACAGUGAAAGGCCGCAAAUUUCUUUGACAAAAUGGCAGAUCCAGAAUUGGAACAAAUCAGACAACAGCGAUUAGCUCAGUUACAAGCUCAACAUGGGGGAACAGGCGAUCCGAACCAGGCUAAGCAGCAGGAAGAGAGAAUGCAAGCUAUGGAAGAAGCAAAACACACGAUUCUUGCACAAGCCCUUAGUCAAGAUGCCCGGGCCAGAUUGAACACAAUAAAACUAAGCAGACCAGAGAAAGGUGCCAUGGUGGAAAAUAUGAUCUGCAGAAUGGCUCAAAUGGGACAAGUGCGCACCAAGAUUUCCGAGCAAGAACUCAUCCAACUCCUAGAGUCAGUCAACCAGCAGAUGGGGAAAUCAACUAGCACUGUUAAAUUUGACAGGAGGAGGGCAGCCCUUGAUUCUGAUGAUGAUUUGUAGCAGAUUAGGCCAUUUCUUUGCAGUCUGUUAGUUUAGGUGUAUU